CGUGUUCCACUCCCACAACACGCGCCAAUUGCACGCGCCCUUCACGCGGCAGCGGGAACUGGGCAGGAGGCAGUCUUCGCUGGGCAGCCUAGGCCCCAGAGUGGAUGAAUUGGUUCACGCAUUCUCACUUCCCCUGCCCACGUCUGGCGAAACAGGGCGUCUUUUUAGCACCAAAUUCAGAAGCAUUACCCACCAAAAUUCCACCCGAGAAAUCUUUCGCGCUCGAACCCAUUUCUCCCCUCCAUCUCUCACGUCAUACUCCCGUUAGGAUUCCAGUGAGUGAUUUCUUCAGGAGUGACGAUGGGGCAGCCCUCGGUGCCACCGCCGUUGCCGGCUCCGCCCGCGCUUCCCUUGCCCAGCGCCGCUGGAUGCCAGGUUCGUUGCGCGGGCUGCCGCAUGAUCUUGACGGUAGGGCCUGGCCUGACCGAGUUCGUCUGCCCUACCUGCCAAUUGCCUCAGAUGCUGCCGCCGGAGCUGGCGACUAGGGCACUGGGCCACCCGCACGUCCCGGCGCACGGGAUCGACCCUACCAAGAUCCAGCUCCCCUGCGCCCACUGCAAAGCCAUCCUCAAUGUUCCCCAUGGCCUCGCACGCUUCGCUUGUCCUCAGUGCGCCGUCGAGCUCGCAGUCGACGUUUCCAAGAUCAAGCAGUUGUAUCCUCUGCCCCCGCCAAAUGAAGAAGUCAACGAGGUUGCCAUUGAAGUGGAGCGAGAAGAAGAUGAAGGUGUGGUGGGAGAAACAUUUACAGACUAUCGCCCUCCCAAACUCUCACUUGGUCCUCCCCAUCCAGAUCCCAUUGUGGAGACUUCUUCCUUAUCUGCAGUCCAGCCACCUGAGCCGACGUAUAAUCUAAAGAUUAAGGAUGACCUUGAAAAUUCUGGGGCUUUGUCAUGCUUGCAAAUUGAAACAUUGGUCUAUGCUUGUCAGAGACACUUGCAGCACCUUCAGAAUAGUGCUAGGGCAGGAUUCUUUAUUGGAGAUGGAGCUGGUGUAGGUAAAGGUCGAACUAUAGCAGGGUUAAUUUGGGAGAAUUGGCACCAUGGUAGGAGGAAAGCAUUGUGGAUUUCUGUUGGUUCAGACUUGAAGUUUGAUGCGAGAAGAGAUUUGGAUGAUGUGGGUGCAUUGUGUAUUGAAGUGCAUGCUUUGAACAAGCUGCCUUAUUCUAAGCUUGAUUCAAAGUCUGUUGGCGUUAGGGAAGGAGUAGUUUUCUUGACAUACAGCAGCCUUAUAGCAUCUUCUGAGAAAGGUCGUUCUCGAUUGCAGCAGCUUGUGCAGUGGUGUGGUUCAGAAUUUGAUGGUCUUCUCAUAUUUGAUGAAUGCCAUAAAGCUAAAAAUUUGGUCCCUGAAGCUGGAGGGCAACCAACACGAACGGGUGAAGUGGUUCUUGAGAUCCAGGCUCGACUUCCUGAAGCUCGUGUUAUUUAUUGCUCAGCAACUGGUGCUUCGGAAUCACGCAAUUUGGGUUAUAUGAUCCGGCUUGGUCUUUGGGGAGUUGGAACGUGUUUCUCUAACUUCCGUGAAUUUUUAGGUGCUUUAGAUAGAGGGGGUGUUGGAGCACUAGAGCUUGUGGCCAUGGACAUGAAAGCAAGGGGGAUGUAUCUUUGUCGUACACUUAGCUACAAAGGUGCAGAGUUUGACGUUGUUGAGGCACCAUUAGAAGUGAAAAUGAUGGAAAUGUAUAAAAAGGCUGCAGAAUUUUGGGCGGAGUUGAGGGUGGAAUUACUAACAGCAAAUGCGUAUCUUUCUGACGAGAAACCUAACUCUAGUCAAUUGUGGCGGGUAUACUGGGCAAGCCACCAGCGUUUCUUUAGGCACAUGUGUAUGUCGGCUAAGGUUCCUGCUGCUGUAAGACUUGCCAAGCAGGCAUUGAUGGAAGACAAAUGUGUGGUCAUUGGUCUACAGAGUACUGGGGAGGCACGGACCGAGGAAGCUGUGACAAAAUAUGGCUUUGAGCUAGAUGAUUUUAUUUCUGGACCUCGUGAGCUGUUACUGAAAUUUGUGGAAGAAAAUUAUCCUUUACCUGAAAAGCCUGAAUCACUCGCUGGAGAAGAAAGUGUUAAGGAACUUCAAAGAAAGAGGCACUCAGCGACACCUGGUGUUUCACUUAAGGGGAGAGUUAGGAAAAUUACAAAAUGGAAUGCUGCAGCUGAUGGUGAAAGUGAUGAAGAGUCUGAAACUGAUUCUGAACAUGAAUCCACUGAAUCUGAUGAUGAGUUCCAAAUAUGUGAGAUCUGCAACACUGAAGAGGAAAGGAAGAAGCUACUUCAAUGUUCCUGUUGUGGCCAAUUAGUCCAUUCUACAUGCUUGGUCCCACCUAUUAUUGAUUUGGUAAAUGAAGAUUGGUCAUGCCAUUCAUGCAAGUUAAAAACAGAUGAAUACCUGCAAGCAAGACAUGCCUAUUUAGCAGAACUUUUGAAGAGGUAUGAAGCAGCUAUGGAACGUAAGUUGAAAAUUUUGGAGAUAAUUCGAUCUUUGGAUCUUCCAAAUAAUCCUUUGGAUGACAUCAUUGAUCAGCUUGGAGGUCCUGACAAAGUUGCAGAAAUGACAGGGAGGCGAGGCAUGCUUGUUAGGGCCUCAAGUGGGAAAGGUGUUACUUAUCAGGCACGGAACACGAAGGAUGUAACAAUGGAAAUGGUCAAUAUCCAUGAGAAGCAACUGUUUAUGGAUGGGAAGAAGUUGGUUGCUAUUAUUUCUGAAGCUGGAUCUGCUGGUGUUUCUUUGCAAGCUGAUAGAAGGGCUGUAAAUCAGAAAAGGAGAGUUCAUUUAACUCUAGAACUUCCUUGGAGUGCGGACCGAGCAAUUCAACAGUUCGGAAGAACUCAUAGGUCAAAUCAAGCUUCUGCACCUGAGUAUAGACUACUAUUUACAAAUCUUGGCGGUGAACGCCGCUUUGCAUCUAUUGUUGCAAAGAGAUUAGAAUCUCUGGGAGCCCUGACACAAGGAGACCGCAGGGCUGGUCCAACUUUGAGUGCUUACAAUUAUGAUAGUGCUUAUGGCAAAAGGGCCCUGAUGAUGAUGUAUAGAGGAAUCAUGGAGCAGGAUUCCUUGCCUGUUAUACCUCCAGGAUGUUCAUCUGAAAAGCCAGAUACCAUCCAAGAAUUUCUUGUUAAGGCAAAAGCUGCACUUGUGUCUGUUGGAAUUGUUAGAGACACUGUUCUUGGUAGUGGCAAGGAUUCUGGAAGGUUUUCUGGCCGUAUAGUUGAUUCAGACAUGCAUGAUGUUGGACGUUUUCUCAAUCGGCUUUUGGGGCUGCCACCUGAUAUCCAAAACAAGCUGUUUGAGUUGUUUGUCAGCAUUCUUGAUCUUCUCAUUCAGAAUGCACGCAUUGAAGGACAUUUGGACUCUGGAAUUGUUGAUAUAAAGGCUAAUGUUAUUGAGCUGCAAGGAAUACCAAAGACUGUUCACACUGACCAUAUGUCUGGGGCAUCUACUGUACUGUUUACUUUCAGUAUGGACCGGGGAAUCACCUGGGAGUCAGCGAGCACCUUGCUUGAUGAGAAGGAAAAGGAUGGGCUUGGCUCAGCAAAUGAUGGAUUCUAUGAGUCUAGGAGGGAGUGGUUGGGAAGACGACACUUUCUUUUAGCAAUAGAAGGUUCUGCUUCUGGAAUAUACAAGAUAUUUCGUCCUGCUGUUGGGGAAGCUCCAAGAGAAAUGCCUCUAGCAGAGCUGAAAAACAAGUACCGUAAAAUUUCAUCUCUAGAGAAGGCUCGUAGUGGUUGGGAAGAUGAAUAUAAAGUUUCUUCUAAACAGUGCAUGCAUGGCCCCAAUUGUAAGCUUGGCAGCUUCUGUACAGUUGGCAGAAGAGUACAGGAAGUAAAUAUUCUAGGUGGCCUGAUUUUUCCUAUUUGGGGUACUAUUGAGAAGGCUCUUUCUAAGCAGAUCCGCCAAAGCCAUAAACGACUUCGAGUUGUGCGUAUAGAGACUACCACGGACAUCCAGCGAAUUGUUGGUCUUCUUGUCCCAAAUGCAGCAGUUGAAUCAGUGCUUCAAGGUCUAGCAUGGAUUAAAGAUUUAGAUGAUUGAGAUGUAGGCGGAGGCUUAUUUUUUGCUUGAGAUAGCAACUUUUUGGUGUUGCAAAUCAGUUGGCAUGGCUUUGGUGUGAGUGUCUGUUGCUUUUGGUGCAUCAGGGCCCAGCUCCACUCCAAGGAAACCAGCAACAGCCUUACAGCCACAAGGACAUGGAAAUUAUAUUUCUGCACCGUGCAAAUGGAAUUGCAGUCUCAGUGCCCCUUUUGUGUAUUUAUUUUUCUUCCCUUUGUGCCCCAUUUUUGGCCUAUGUUUGUGUAUAUUUACAGACAUCAACAUGGGAAUGCAGAAAGAAAAGUUAUUUUGUAGAGGGUCCAAUACGAAAUUCCAAAUUAUGGCUGCAAUAUAUUUGUGCUCAAUAAUUACUCACUGAAAAACUGGAGAAGGCAGUACAAGCAACCCAUGAUUUUAUUAAAUUCUCCUAAAUCAUUAUAGCACACAAAGGAGUGUCAGCACAGAAGGCUAUUACAAUGACAUGUGCAUGACCGCUGCUCUGCUCUGAUACGCUCUCUUGGACUCCUCAAUUAGGCCUCUGCUGUGGCACGAAUCUAAUACAGCAAUUAUGCGACAAUUUUCCUGGGCCCAUUCUUAGAUUUCUCUCGCCCACAGUAGUUGAAAUUGCAGGUUUUUACUCGCUUUGAAACAUAGUAGUUUUAAUGUGGAAAAACUAACUAGUGCGCCGGAAACAAACAAUUCUCGGGAAUUUUUAAUUUCUAUCUUCCCAUGUAC